AUGGAUUCCCACAGCCUCGCUAUCGACCGCUUCUUCGUGGACUUGGUGAUUAACGCUUUGCUUGACCGCAGCGUGUUAGUAGACGCUAUUCUAUGUGUUUACUUUAGGAAUAUUCAUCGGUGGCUACCCGUUAUCCCGGAGCAGAAGUUCCGAGCACGGAUAUCACAGAUUCAUAGUAGCCGUUCGGCGGAACUGGCGCUUCUAUUACUGGCAAUGUAUCUUCUCACGGAGAACGAAUGGGGCAAUACCCGCAUUCAGAGGGAAGGCCAGCAACAUCUUUAUCAGCAAUGCAGCUGUUUAGUCUCGUUUUUGCUACUGGUGCGCGGACCAUCCUUGGAACUGGUACAAGCAGGCUUGCUACUCAUCCUAUAUGAGUUGGGAUCUGGCUCCUUGGAAGCCGCAUUCUUGCGAGUAGCAGCAUGUGCUAGGCUUGCGUAUUCACUUGGACUACAUGUUGAUGAAUCCUUCGUGGACGACUACUCUGGCGCCUGGUGUCAUGCAGAAGAGCGGAGAAGAGUCUGGACUGCGGUGUACAUGAUGGACCGCCUUGUUUACCAGAUUAUGCCAGAUAUAGUGGCACCGCAUGCGGUUGGGGAGCCUGUCGAUGACUUUCCGCUUCCAAUUGGCGACCAGGAAAGCGAACACAAGCCAAACAAAACAUUUCUGUCUUUCAAAACCUCACUUAAUAUUCCAUUGUCUUACUACACUCGCGAGAUCCAAGCGGUUAGAAUUCUAGGAAACGUGCAGAUGCUUCAGAAUUUAGUGCGACUGGAUUCGUUUCAACAGCAUUUUCAUCUGAUCGACAGCAAUUUGAUGCAGUUGAUGCAGCAACUGUUCGAGGAAAGCGCUGGCUGGGAAGCUCAUCUUGGCGCCAUUGCAAUUGCGCUGAUGGCUACUCUCACUCUCCACCGAAGCCAAGUGGGAUACGGGGCUCCAAGUUCCAUAGCACAGCAUCCGGAUAUACUGCACAGAGCGCCUCUGUCCAUGGCCGCAGUAUCCUCCGUCAUUAACAUGGUCCGUGACAUUUGCUUGCAACUGAAUGCACUCGAAGCUAUAGAAGAGAUCUCCAGGGUCCCGUUACCAGCUGUCAUGUGUAUUGGCGAGACAGCUCUUACGGCAAUUUGGUUAAAACAAGCAGACCCUGACGAGUCGCAUGUUGAUGGUCGAGCUUUCAGCCUAGCGCUAGAACGUGUUAGGCGCUACUGGAUCCUCGCAGAUUACUACAUGAAGAGGCUUGUCUGGAAUGAAGCUGAGCACCUUGACCGUGGUAUGUAA